UCCAUCAAAGCCAACCCCGGCCAGCGCAAGGAUCUCCGAGUUGCGAGUGUGCUGAGGCUUGGGACUGUCACUCAUUCUCCGCUCUGCGCGUGAACGCAGCUCGGCAGCCGCUGGCAGGAAACAAUUCUGCAAAAAUAAUCAUACUCAGCCUGGCAAUUGUCUGUCCCUAGGUCCAUUGCUCUGCCGCCGUCCACAUUCGCUUGCAAGGGGAAGGCACAGAAUUUACCGCGGCAAGAACAUCGCUCCCAGCAGGCAGUUUAAAAUGCUGCAAACUAAGGAUCUCAUCUGGACUUUGUUUUUCCUGGGAACUGCAGUUUCUCUGCAAGUAGACAUUGUUCCCAGCCAAGGAGAAAUCAGCGUUGGAGAGUCCAAAUUCUUCCUGUGCCAAGUGGCAGGAGAUGCCAAAGACAAAGACAUCUCCUGGUUCUCCCCCAACGGGGAAAAGCUCAGCCCAAACCAGCAGCGGAUCUCGGUGGUGUGGAACGACGACGACUCCUCCACACUCACCAUCUACAAUGCCAACAUUGAUGACGCCGGCAUUUACAAGUGUGUGGUCACUGGUGAGGAUGGCACCCAGUCCGAGGCCACCGUCAACGUGAAGAUCUUCCAGAAGCUCAUGUUCAAGAAUGCACCAACCCCACAGGAGUUCAAGGAAGGGGAAGAUGCUGUGAUUGUUUGUGAUGUGGUCAGCUCCCUGCCCCCAACCAUCAUCUGGAAACACAAAGGCCGAGAUGUCAUCCUGAAAAAAGAUGCCCGAUUCAUAGUCCUGUCCAACAACUACCUGCAGAUCCGGGGCAUCAAGAAAACAGAUGAGGGCACUUACCGCUGUGAGGGCAGAAUCCUGGCACGAGGGGAGAUCAAUUUUAAGGAUAUUCAGGUCAUCGUGAAUGUACCACCCACUGUCCAGGCCAGACAGAGCAUCGUGAAUGCCACCGCCAACCUGGGCCAGUCUGUCACCCUGGUGUGUGAUGCCGAUGGCUUCCCAGAGCCCACCAUGAGCUGGACAAAGGAUGGAGAACCCAUAGAGCAUGAGGAAGACGACGAGAAGUACAUCUUCAGUGAUGACAGUGCUGAGCUAACCAUCAGGAAAGUGGACAAAAACGACGAGGCUGAGUACAUCUGCAUUGCCGAGAACAAGGCAGGCGAGCAGGAUGCAUCCAUCCACCUCAAGGUCUUUGCAAAACCCAAAAUCACCUAUGUAGAGAAUCAGACCGCCAUGGAACUGGAAGAACAAGUCACUCUCACCUGUGAAGCCUCAGGAGACCCCAUUCCCUCCAUCACCUGGAGAACUUCCACUCGAAACAUCAGCAGUGAAGAAAAGGCUUCGUGGACUCGACCAGAGAAGCAAGAGACCCUGGAUGGGCACAUGGUGGUACGCAGCCAUGCUCGUGUGUCAUCCCUGACCCUGAAGAGCAUCCAGUACACAGAUGCCGGAGAAUACAUCUGCACUGCCAGCAAUACCAUUGGCCAGGACUCCCAGUCCAUGUACCUUGAAGUGCAAUAUGCCCCCAAGCUCCAGGGCCCAGUGGCUGUGUACACUUGGGAGGGGAACCAAGUGAACAUCACCUGUGAGGUCUUUGCUUACCCAAGUGCCACAAUCUCCUGGUUCCGAGAUGGUCAGUUGCUGCCAAGCUCCAACUACAGCAAUAUUAAGAUCUACAACACCCCAUCUGCCAGCUAUCUGGAGGUGACCCCUGACUCUGAAAAUGACUUUGGAAACUACAACUGCACAGCAGUAAACCGCAUUGGACAGGAGUCCUUGGAAUUCAUCCUUGUUCAAGCAGACACUCCAUCUUCACCAUCCAUUGACCGAGUGGAGCCUUACUCCAGUACAGCACAGGUACAGUUUGAUGAGCCAGAAGCCACAGGUGGAGUGCCCAUCCUCAAGUACAAGGCUGAAUGGAAGUCGCUGGGUGAAGAAGCGUGGCAUUUCAAGUGGUAUGAUGCCAAAGAAGCCAACAUGGAAGGCAUCGUCACCAUCAUGGGCCUGAAGCCUGAAACGAGGUACGCAGUGCGACUGGCAGCCCUCAACGGCAAGGGGCUAGGAGAGAUCAGUGCAGCCACCGAGUUCAAGACACAGCCAGUCCAUAGCCCUCCUCCACCAGCUCCUGCUAGCUCUUCCACACAUCUUCCAUUGUCUUCACCAGCUAAAGGGGAACCCAGUGCACCCAAGCUUGAAGGGCAGAUGGGAGAGGAUGGGAACUCCAUCAAGGUGAAUCUGAUCAAGCAGGAUGACGGAGGAUCCCCCAUCAGACACUAUUUGGUCAAGUACCGAGCGAAGCUCUCCUCCGAAUGGAAACCAGAAAUCAGGCUCCCAUCUGGCAGUGACCACGUCAUGCUCAAGUCCCUGGACUGGAAUGCCGAGUAUGAGGUGUAUGUGGUGGCUGAGAACCAGCAAGGGAAAUCCAAGGCGGCUCAUUUUGUCUUCAGGACCUCGGCCCAGCCUACAGCCAUCCCAGCCAAUGGCAGCCCCACCUCAGGUCUGAGCACGGGUGCCAUCGUGGGUAUCCUCAUCGUCAUCUUUGUCCUUCUCCUCGUGGUUGUGGACAUCACCUGUUACUUCCUCAACAAGUGUGGCCUACUUAUGUGCAUUGCUGUUAACUUGUGUGGCAAAGCCGGGCCCGGAGCCAAGGGCAAGGACAUGGAGGAGGGCAAGGCUGCCUUCUCGAAAGAUGAGUCCAAGGAACCCAUUGUGGAAGUUCGAACAGAGGAGGAACGGACUCCAAACCAUGACGGAGGGAAGCACACAGAGCCCAAUGAGACCACACCAUUGACAGAACCCGAGCUGCCUGCAGACACCACAGCCACUGUUGAGGACAUGCUGCCUUCUGUCACCACCGUCACCACUAACUCUGACACUAUCACCGAAACCUUUGCCACUGCUCAGAACAGCCCCACCAGUGAGACCACUACACUGACCUCCAGUAUUGCCCCGCCGGCCACUGCCGUGCCGGACUCAAACUCUGUACCCACUGGUCAGGCCACCCCUUCCAAGGGGCCUGGUGUCACUGCCUCAUCCCCACCCCCAGCCUCAGCCCCAAAGGUCGCCCCCCUUGUUGACCUGAGUGAUACCCCGACCUCAGCCCCUGCUGCUAGCAAUUUGUCGUCCAGUGUCCUGGCUAACCAAGGAGCUGUACUCAGCCCCAGCACCCCUGCCAGUGCGGGAGAGGCCUCCAAGGUCCCUCCACCCAGCAAGCCGUCCCCUGCCCCAACCCCCACCCCAGCCGGGGCAGCCAGUCCCCUAGCAGCAGCUGCUGCUCCUGCAACAGAAGCCCCCCAGGCCAAGCAGGAGGUCCCAAGCACCAAAGGCCCGGACCCAGAGCCCACCCAGCCCAACGCUGCGAAGAGCCCGCCCGAGGCAGCCACAGCCCCUGCUAGCCCGAAGAGCAGCGAGGCUGCCUCCAUCAGCACCACAAACCCUUCCCAGGGCGAGGACUUUAAAAUGGACGAAGGGAACUUCAAGACCCCAGAUAUUGACCUUGCAAAGGAUGUUUUUGCAGCCCUGGGCUCUCCUGCUCCUGCCGCUGGGGCCAGUGGACAAGCCCCUGAGCUUGCUCCUUCCACUGCAGACCCCUCUGUGUCGCCUACAUCAGCAAAGACCGAGAAGGGCCCCGUAGAAGCAAAGUCGGAGUCCCAGGAAUCAGAAGCAAAACCAGCGUCCACCGAAGUCAAGACGGUCCCCAAUGAUGCCACACAAACAAAGGAGAAUGAGAGCAAAGCAUGAUGGGUGCCGAGCAACUAGCAAAGAUCAAAGUGACACAGCAGCUUCACCAGAGCAUUCCCAGCAUCACACACGCACACACACACACACACUCUCUCUCUCUCUCUCUCUCUCUCUCUCUCUCUCUCUCAUCCCUAUAGUGUCUUUUGCCUUUAAAAAAAAAAAAGAUAAACAUGGGAUCGCCUUUUUGUAGGUUUCUAGAAAGGGCUCCUUUGUUGCGCACUCAGUUGAAAAGAAAAUGAGACAAAAAGGUUAAACCCACAGCCAAACUAGGACACUCCGUUCCCUGAAACCAUUAAAAAUUAAACAAAAGGACCCCAAAUUAAGAAUCUAGGAAGCUCAGAAAAAAAAAAAAAAAAAUAGGUUCAGGAAGACCGCACUUGAUGUUACCCAACUGGCACAGA